CAUAAGAGUAGCGUAAUCUACACAUAGCGUAACAGAAACAACAAUUCAAAACCCUAGCUCUGUUCUUCCUGCAGGUAAUUGACUGUUUCUGCAGGCAUAGUGAUCAGAAUCUUCUUAUGGCUUCAAAGAGGAUUCAGAAGGAGUUGAAGGACUUGCAAAAGGAUCCUCCUGCUUCUUGCAGUGCUGGCCCUGUUAGCGAAGACAUGUUCCAGUGGCAAGCAACCAUUAUGGGCCCUUCAGAAAGUCCUUUUGCUGGUGGAGUAUUUCUUGUGUCCAUUAACUUCCCACCAGAUUACCCAUUCAAGCCACCAAAGGUCUCCUUUCGAACCAAGGUAUUCCAUCCGAACAUAAACAGCAAUGGUAGCAUUUGUCUUGACAUCCUGAAGGAACAGUGGAGUCCUGCACUUACCAUCUCCAAAGUUCUGCUUUCAAUUUGCUCACUGUUGACCGACCCGAACCCUGAUGAUCCUUUAGUGCCCGAGAUUGCUCAUAUGUACAAGAACGAUAGGGCGAAAUAUGAGGCUACGGCUCGAGCUUGGACCCAGAAAUAUGCCAUGGGCUAGGGGAGUUAUGGAUCUACCUUUAGAAUGUGAAAAGUGUGUGCUUUCUAGUGAAUAAACCACCUCAUGAUAUAGAAAAACUGCUUGUGGCUUUGGUUGCUUCCUAUGAUUUAAGAAGAAAACAACCCCUAGUAUUUCUAUAAAACAAUGUGGCUUUGCUUCUAAUGCAUAUCGACCGUAUAUAAAUACAUUUGAGGGGUGUUUGGUUA